UGAAGACCAGUUACAAUUCUGCAACCAAACCAGAUCCAAGGCUGAAAGUUUUUUUUAUUGCUAUCACGGUGGUUUUGUGUACAGCCUCCUUCAAACAGAUAGUGUGUUGCCCUUAGUGUUCAUUCUGCUUCUCCUCUCAAACCCUUCCAACCGAUACACCCUCAUCUCAGGUGAUCAGGAGAAUCCCAUUACCCAGAACACCGUCAUAUCUUCCACCACAAUAUUUGAAUGAGUGAGAUAAAUAACACCGGCGUCAUCGAGGGCAUCGAGGGUAUCGAGGUGAGGACUCAGGGCUCGCUCUCCAAAAGGACCCACGACAACUCGGGGAUGUUCAAUAAUCCAUUUGACUUGAAUACCUAUCCCAUGACUAAUCCCCCUUUAUUUGACCAGAGCAUGUUUGUAAACUUCUCUCAGGACGGAAUGCCGGUAUUACGUCGAAGAAUUUCCAUCUCCAACGGUCAGAUUGGCCAGAUUAUCAACCAUGAGGCAAUAUUUGACGACAACUAUGAUGUGGUAAGCAACGAAACCACUCCCAUCGACCUUCACGAAAAGUCUCGAUUUAACCAGGCGUUACAACCGCAAGUACUUCAGAACAGUGGGGGUGGAUUUGGCAUGGUUCCAGGAUCCCAUGAUGAAUUUCAAUCUCAUCCGCUCCCUAACACCAAUAACCACGAUCCUACAUCCCAUCCCAUUGCUACUCCACUUCCCUCCUCUCUUCCACCAGAACUACAGGCACAUUAUUCGGUGGGCCCAAAACACCAGAGACACCCGGCAGCGCCCGGAGUCGGUGUAGGUGCUCCUUGCCAGACUUUUACUCAAGCACCGGUGGUGGGUGGAAUUCCGUCCCAGGGACCAGGGGCGGUUCCAUCACCUUCAGCUCCCGCUACAGUACUUUCGGCUACUAAUGCCGUAUUCUCUGGGCCACAAGAAGAAAUUUUGCCAGUCCCAGACGACUCGCAAGAGCAUACUGUGUAUGCCGGGGUUCCUCCUCCCAACCAUCAACUUAUCUACAAUAAUGAGGUGAUAUACAAUCCCAAUAACGGACCGGUUCCAGGAACUUCUGCUUGGAAACGAGACAGGCUUCUCGAAAGAAACAGAGUUGCGGCGUCCAAGUGUAGACAGAGGAAGAAACAAGCCCAACAACAACUUCUAGAUGACAUUAGAGAAUUAAAGAUUGAAAACUCCGAUUUAAGAGGAAAAUUGGAUAAUUACGAUAAAUUUUUCCAAUCUAUGAAGAGAUUUUUCAACCAGAAUUCGUCAGGCGAUGGGUUUGCAGGAUUCAACAACUUUGAACAUUUCGACGUUAUUAACAAGGCCAUGAAGAGUAAGAAUCAACUGGAGUUUUUAAAAGUGCUUGAUGCCUUUGAUAUCCCCGAUCCCAACCUGGCAUUCCCCAAGUCACCGGCUCAUGAGGGGUUGGUUAAGCUCGAAAACGUUGAAGAUUUAUGAACUGAGGAUGUUACUAUUAUGAUGUGCAUAUGUUACUCCAUAUCUCUUGUAUUAUAAAUACACCAGACUUCUGUGCCCCGACGUG